AUGGCAACUAAUGCCACUAGCACAACCAGGGUCAAGGCCCAAGGAGGUAUCCUUGAGGGUGCAAACCCGGCCGAAUAUGACUCGAAAAACCCCAUUGUACUGUUCAUCAUUCAGGCUGUCAUUAUUAUCGGAAUUUGUCGUAUUCUCCAUUGGCCUCUCUCUAAGAUUCGCCAACCUCGUGUCAUUUCAGAGGUAAUCGGCGGCAUUAUCCUUGGCCCGUCGGUGAUGGGCCACAUUCCAGGAUUCACGGACUCAAUAUUUCCAAGUGCCAGUAUUCCCAGCUUGAAUUUGGUUGCAAAUCUCGGUUUAGUCCUCUUCCUAUUCCUAGUAGGAUUGGAAACGGACGUACGCUUCCUAGUGAGUAACUGGCGCGUUGCUCUAAGCGUAUCAGCUGCGGGUAUGAUCCUGCCAUUCGGAUUGGGAUGCGCUAUUUCAUACGGCUUGUACAACCAGUUCCAGAAUGAAGCUGGAACUGUUCCAGUUGCAUUCGGUACCUACGUGCUCUUCAUUGGUAUCGCCAUGGCUAUUACCGCAUUUCCAGUACUGUGUCGCAUCUUGACAGAGCUGAAGCUUCUUGGGACCAGAGUUGGUGUCAUAGUUCUCUCUGCAGGUGUUGGAAACGAUGUCGUCGGGUGGAUCCUGCUUGCCCUCUGCGUAGCCUUGGUGAACGCCGGAAGUGGAAUUACGGCGCUAUGGGUGCUACUUGUUUGCGUGGGCUAUAUGCUGUUCUUGGUAUUUGUCUUCCGUCCGCUCUUCCUUCGCUUCUUGGAGCACACUGGAAGUCUGCAGAAAGGCCCGAGUCAAUCCGUUGUCACACUGACUCUGAUGAUCGCUCUUGUUUCUGCAUUCUUUACACAAGCUAUUGGCAUUCAUGCGAUUUUUGGCGGCUUUGCCAUUGGGUUGAUAUGUCCUCACGAGGGCGGCUUUGCAAUCAAGCUAACAGAGAAGAUCGAAGACUUGGUCUCAGCCCUUUUCCUGCCUCUCUAUUUCACUUUGUCCGGUCUGCAGACUAACCUUGGAUUAUUGGACAAUGGGACCGUGUGGGGUUAUGUGGUAGGGGUUAUUGCAAUUGCCUUUACAGCAAAGGUCGCCGGAGGCGCUCUCGCUUCCCGUCUUUGUGGUCUCUUAUGGCGCGAGAGCUUCUCUAUUGGGGUCUUGAUGAGCUGUAAGGGUCUGGUAGAGCUUAUUGUUCUGAAUAUUGGUCUGCAAGCAAAGAUUUUGAGUACUCGAACAUUCACCAUCUUCGUGGUCAUGGCUCUUGUCACUACCUUCCUUACAACACCCUUGACAGUGGCGUUGUAUCCCCCUUGGUACCAACUCAAGGUUGAACGGUGGCGACGCGGUGAAAUUGACUGGAGCGGCAAUACCCUCAAACCAGACACUCGUUCUGAUAGUGUCGCCCUGGCUAAAGAUCAGUUGAAGACAGUUCCAGUCCGGAAGCUUUUGGUCUAUCUUCGCUUAGAUGGCCUCUCUGGUAUCUGCACCUUGGCAGCUCUACUAACUGCCAGCCGUGGAGAUUCUUCAUUAGCACCCCGUGUCCAUCCAUCAAAAUGGCCCAAGCAGAAUGAGCAAACAGUCGAGGACGCAUUAUCUUCAACCGACGAAGAGGAAAAAUCCCUCAGAGUCCAUGGUGUUCGGCUCAUGGAGUUGACAGACCGUGACUCUAGUGUUAUGAAAGUAUCUGCAGGAGACCAUGCUCUCUGGGAUCCAGUUGUCAACACAUUCCGCGCUUUCGGUGAAUGGCACGAUAUUUCUCUCAUGGCUGGUGUCUUGGUCGUACCCGAGUAUUCGUACGCAGAUACUGUUGUCGACAUGGCUCAUCAAGAUGUCGCAGAUCUACUUCUGCUACCCUGGAGUGAAACAGGAGCUCUGACAGACCGCCAAAAUGGAUUUGAGAUCGAUGCUGCUAAUCGGUUUGCCGAUGGCGCAUAUCCAACCUUUGUCACCAAUAUCAUAGAUCGUGUUCCGGGUCAUGUAGGAAUUCUGAUAGAGCACAGUCCGGAGUCUCACAAUUCUUCUGGAAAGCAUCCAGCAACACCAUCUCAGAGUGGCCUGAGCAUCCAAGGCUCACUGUGGACCAGACCAUCUACGGGUGACCGAUCGCAUCAUAUCAUACUUCCUUUCUUUGGUGGUGAUGAUGAUCGUUUCGCCCUUCGCUUUGUUCUGCAACUAGCGCAGAAUGACCAUGUUACGGCCACUAUAAUCCAGGUCGGUAGCUUGAAAACAAAUCUAUCGGAGAAGAAGAUAGUCCUAUCCAAGACGGCAUCUGCUUCAGGAUCUAGUGGUCUUGCUACUGUCUCAAAUGAGCAAUCAGAUCUAGUAUUCUUCGAGACUAUCCGAGAUUCUAUUCAGGAUAAUUUGAAAGACAGAGUCGUUUUCCAAGUGCCGACUGCUAAAGAGACACUCAGUGACCCGGCUAGACUGGCUGUUGCCUGUGUCAGAGAAGAACUAGACAAGAUCUACAAUAAACCCGGUUGCAUCGUCGUUGUUGGACGCCACAAUGGUACCUCUGACAGUGUUGAUACUAUUUUAGAAGGAAACAUCGGUUCUGAGACCCAGAGGGCACUUGGAGCUGUCGGCUCCGCAAUGGUUCAACCGGAAAACAAGGUUUUUGGAAGUGUGCUGGUAUUACAGGCUGGCCCAAAUGUCCUUUUUUCUGAUAUACGUCAUUGA